CUAUACUAUUAUGAAAAAACAAAAUACCGAGUAUAGCCGGGCGGCUAUACUAAUUUAUUCCGAAAAAAAAGUCUACCUAGCGCCUAGGCGCCUACGUGUGAAAUUAAGUACAGCCGCCCGGCUAUACUAUUUUUAAAAAAAAAGCUAAGUAUAGCCAGGCGGCUAUACUAUAAGAAAAAAUAAAAAUAUACCCGAGAGAAUAGGUGCGUAUGCAACAAGUAUAGCCGCGCGGCUAUACUAUUAAAAAAAAAUAAAAAUAUACCCGAGAGUAUCCCUGGAUGCUAACAGAUCAGCCCAAAAAAAAUCAAACUGUACGCCAACAAAAACUAUCGUUUCCUUCCCCUUCCUUUCAUGGCUGGCUGUGCAUCCAUCUGGUCUUUCCCGGUAACUUGUGCAGGAUCAGCUGUGCAAGAGGAAAAAAAAAAGAAAGAUGAGUUCAGCCAAGGGGCAGAUAUGGAGGAUCAUAUGAGUGUCAAAUGACAACAAAUUCAGAUCAUGAGCAAAAAGUAGAGGACAUGGUAAUGAACCUUUCACCAAAUGCAAACAGAGUAUACUUACUGGCAGGCACACACAAGUUUGAGCUGCCCAAAGAUGAGGUUGGAAUUUAUGAAUUGAAGAAGGGAGAUUUCUCUGUGAAGCUGACUAAUUAUGGUGCAACUGUGCUCUCUGUUGUUCUCCCUGAUAAGAACGGGAAACUAGACGACGUUGUUCUUGCUUUCGAAUCACUUAAAGACUACUCGAAUGAUUCAGUCUACUUUGGAGCCAUUGUUGGACGUGUUGCCAAUAGAAUUGGAAGUGCUCAAUUUAGUUUAAAUGGUGUUCACUACAAGUUGGUUGCAAAUGAAGGAAAGAACACUCUUCAUGGUGGCCUUAAAGGAUUCAGUGAUGUUGUGUGGACAGUAAAAAGUUACAUCGAAGAUAGUCACAUAACAUUCACCUAUAACAGCUUGGAUGGUGAACAAGGCUUUCCUGGUGAUCUUGUUGUAUCAGUAACAUACAUGCUUGUUGAGACAAAUAAAUUAGCUAUUAAAAUGGAAGCCAAAGCUCUUAACAAGGCCACUCCAGUGAACUUAGCCCACCACACCUACUGGAAUCUCCGUGGCCACAACAGCGGUGACAUCCUCUCGCACCAUCUCCAGCUUUUCGGAUCCAACAUCACACCCGUUAAUGACCAACUCAUUCCCACUGGUGAAAUUGCCCCUGUGAAAGGAACACCCUAUGAUUUCCUUGAGCCCCAAGAAAUUGGUAGCAAGAUAAAUGAGUUGCCUGAUGGGUACGACAUCAACUAUGUGCUAGACCCUUCAAGUUACAAGCAUUUGAGGAAGGCAGUAGUGUUGCGUGACAGUGUGUCGGGCCGAAAAUUGGAAUUGUGGACUAACAUGCCAGGGUUGCAGUUCUAUACAAGUAACAAGUUGGACAAUGUGAAGGGAAAAGAUGGAUUUGUAUACGAAAAACAUGCUGCAGUCUGCUUGGAGACACAGGGGUUCCCAGAUGCUGUGAACCACCCAAAUUUCCCUUCACAAAUUGUGAAACCAGGAGAGACUUAUUUGCAUGUUAUGGUUUACAGAUUUACUGCUGCCUAGAGCAUUUUACAUGGUUAACAGAUUAAUUUGCAUCUUUCAUGUUUAUUGCUUCUAGUAGUGCUCUUAUAUAUAUAGCUGGGGAUUGUGCAGAGAAACAUGCCCACUAUGUUUGCUUAAUUCAAUGCAAUUAUAUAAAUAAUUUUA